CUGAAUGGGUACAAACUUCAUGGGAAAAGAAUAAUGAAAAUAAUGAGUGUGAUGAGCGUAACGAUGAUGAAUAUGAUGAAUAUAAUGAAGAAAAUAAUGAAAUAAUUGAUUUAAUUAAUGAUGAAAAUGAUAAAGAAAAUAAUGAAAUAAUUGAUUUAAUUAAUGAUAAAGAAUUAUCUAAUGAUUAUAGUGAAAAUA